AAAAUCAGUUAUGGGAACAAAUAUUUGGUGAUAGCAUUUUAAUAUCUAGAAAUAGUUCGUAAAAAUUCAAAAUUAACCAAAUAAGUUUUUGGAAAAUCAUUUUAGAUGCUUCAUUUCAAAUUGAGUUUGUUUAAAUUUAAUCAAGGUUAGAGCCGAUCUUAAGGAACCAUGGACGUGAGGCGGUUCGGAGGUGGUGGUGGAGAUGUUGAUGCUUCAAAUGUUCUACUUCAUGAAACACCAAAUUACUUUCAUUUACCUGUUUUGGACGAAAAUAUUGCAAAUUUAUUCCCGGCAUUUCAUUCACUAUACCAACAGAAAUUUGAACACGAUGUUCGAAGAAGUCAUCACCAAAUGCGGCGAGUUUUUGGUAUUCCGAUGACUGCGUUCACGCUUGCUGGUUUCAACAUGGCGCAAGGGCAGGCCUUCAUACCCCUCAGUUUUAAUAAGGAAUACAGUCGAGAACAUCGUGCAAAACAACUAGCGUUUCAAAGAAGACUAGAUAUCCUUGUUAACAGCCGUUAUAUGCAACGAAAGACUGAGCUAUUUUCAGAAAUCUACGGGAUAGGACAUGCUUAUUAGUUAGAAACAACUUGGUUUCGCUGAUCUGAUUUGAUAUAAUCAGCAUAAUGUGCUGCAUUUUAGAUAUUUUAGAAGAAAUUUUGAUAAAAUAAUUUAAAGAAACGCCACAGAGGGAAUUGGUAAUUCUAAUAAAAUAAUAUUUUGAAUACGUUGUGGGCCACACCGUAGCUAAACUUUUCUCAUUGGUUUCUUAUAACUUGUGCAGCA